ACUGUACCAACAAUAACAAAAAUAGCGGAGCGCUCUGGUCAACUUGGGGUGAGUGAGACACACCAGCAUCCCGCAACCAUGUCUGACCAACUUAGUAACGUGGUGGUGGAGUUGGGUUUCAUCGAGAAGGCUCCAGCAUGGAAAUUACGAUCCAAAUUCUUUCCGGCUAAGGUUGGUGGUUACCCAGCAUGGUUAGCACUAAAAGAUCUACCCACAAACGAAGAGCUAUCAUGUCGUAGAUGUAGUAAAGCUCUUGUAUUCCUCUGCCAACUUUAUGCCCCAUUCCACGACAAAGAAAACUGCUUUCACAGAACAGUGUUUGUGUUUGUAUGCCGUGACCCAGACUGCUGUCAAGAAAAUGAUGCAUCAAACAUUCGAGUGUUCCGCUCACAGUUGCCUCGAGAGAAUGAAUUCUAUCCCCCUGAACCGUCCAAGGAUGUUGAACCCGGUUCUGAAAGCCCAGAAGCUGGUGAUUUCAACAAUUUAUGCCGUAUUUGUGGAGCACUUGGACCGAAGACAUGUGGGGGAUGCAAAGUUGCACGGUACUGCUCCAAAGAUCACCAAGCUCUUGACUGGAAAGCUGGACAUAAGGAGGAGUGUAAAAAUCCAGAUACCAUAAGCAAAGUUUCCUGCAAGGGAAAUGCAAAAUUUCUUUUCCCUGAAUUUGAAAUUGAAUUGGAGCCAGAAGAAUUAGACACUGCAAAAGAAAAGACAGAAGGAGAAGUGAUGAAGGAAUAUGAGGAAUUGCUUCGAUCUGGUCGAGUGACUCAUCAAAAUGAUGAUGAUUCAGACACAGAAAAUGACCUUAUUGAUAUGGCAACAAAAGAAACAGAUAAGCAAUUCCAGAAGUUUAGAAUGCGUCUCAAAGAUUAUCCUGAUCAAGUGGUGCGUUAUGACCGUGGUCGUGAACCUCUCUGGGUAUCAUCUAGCAACAAACCAGUUGAUGUCCCACCUUGUCCAUCCUGUGGACAACCCCGACAGUUUGAAUUCCAGGUGAUGCCCCAGCUGUUGGUACACUUAAAAGUAGAUAAUUCUGGCAAGAGUAUUGACUGGGGCACUGUGUUGAUAUAUUCUUGUAAGGAGAGCUGCCAGUCCAACAGAAACUACAUAGAGGAAGUUGCCUACAAACAAGACUACUCACCCAUAUCUCAGGUUAUGAAGAAUCACCCAUAUGGUGCAAGUUAAGAGGCUUGUCUUUGCCUUAGUUAUUUGGAACAGUCUAAGUCUUAUUUACACCAUGAUGCCUGACUAUUGAACACAACUUUUCGAUUUGGUCCAUAAAUCCUUACUUAGGCAUCCUUAAAUAUUUACUGAUUAAUCACAUUUCUGACACUUCUCCUAAGUUAACAUGUAGACUAGCAGAGCCAUGCCUUCACCUCAUUGACAUCUUUCUCUUUUUACUCAGGAAAGAGGGACAACUCACAGACACCUAGUAUUAAAGGGGCCCAAUUAACUGCUACAUUAGCCUUUCCACUCUUCUCAACUCAGGAUAAAAUGCUUAUUUUACAUUUUCUUUCAAUUUCCACCCACUCCUUCCUUUCCAGCAACAUAUCACAUACAAUCUACCCCAGCUAUCACCUCCUAUUUUUUUCUACCUAAAUUACUGAUGCUUUCCUUUGUAUUGAAUAUAUAUUUUUUUCAACAAGAAAUGCCAGACUGGAAACAUUUUAAACCAACCGUCAUGCCAACACGCUUCCCCAGCUGCAGUCAUGGUAUCACUAAGCCAGUGCUCUUCUAAGUCAAGGAUGCUUGCUCAUACUUUUGCAAUUCCCCUCGAGUUUAUCACAUGGCACACUUACCAUGUUCUCUAAACAAUCAGCAGCCAUUUUUUUUGCCUUUCCCACUGUUUAGACCUAUACACCCCAACAUGGCUGAUUAGAUUACCUCUCAAAAUUACAAUUUCCCUUCCACCAAACUCCACUACUACAUCAACAACUUCCUCAUAAAGCCUAACCUGUGGUGCAUAUGUAUUGUUCAGAUUUUUACCUACUAAGAGCACCAAACCAGAAUUCUUGGAUUAACUCUUUUUCACCAUCAGCUUUUUCUCCACCUGUUUCUCAGCAAUUGGGAUCCCUACACCACUUGUCUCAGAAUCACUUCACUCCCAGUAAUCAACCUUGCCUUAUUCUUCAUAAAGAGUCUUGUACACGACAGGCAUUCACCUCUCUACAGCUCAGUCUUUUGAGGACCUCACUUAAUUUUGCUUGCAUAAUAUACUAUACCGUACAAAUAUUUAAACUUCCAACUCUAAACCCAAAUGUGUGAGGUUGCUCCACUUCACAUUUAUUAUAAACAGUGUGUGAUAAUUCAUAUGUAACAGGUUUACUUAGAAUUUAGAAUCACACAUAUAUAGCAACUUAAAUAAUUGGAGAAAGGUGGUACUCACCAGAGCCAGAUGUUCCUUACUGCUCAUCACCACACAACCAUACUGACACACUAGCAGACCUGAUGCCUUGGCUAAAGCAGUCCUGUGGUGUUGAGGUGACCCACCACAGGGAAACCCUUCCACAAGUGAUAUGGCACUAAAGCUGACCACAGUAUGCACUUGAGGGAGCAGCCUCUUUUGGUGCUCCCUGAGUUCAGACAUUUUUACAGUACAGCAUGCCCUGAAAAUUCGUGGGGGUUUGGUCCUCAAAAUGACCCCAAAUAUCAUUUGGGGGGGGGGGUUACAUAAAAAAUAAUAAUAAUAAUCAUUAUUUUAAGUACAUAAUUUUUUUUUAGUAACACUCACCAUUCCAUGCUGCUGUUUGUGUAGAGCCUGUUCCUCUCUUCCCUGCCACUGAUAAAGACAGGGGAGUUACAAGUGCUCCUCAUCAGUGUUGAAAACAUGCUCCGGCUUGGAACCCUUCUCCCUGAUAAUCUCUGCAAAUGUUGCAAGAUACUCCCUUCCUGUUACAUUGUCUGUCGAGGCCGACUCACCAGUGAUCCUCAAGUUGUGUAGGUUGUAGUGCUUCAUGAAGUUCUCAAACCACCUUACUGGCAUUAAAUCCUUUCUUUGUGGUAUUGCCAGCACCUUCACCACCAUGGAAUUGGUCAUGCAGGGCCUUGUCUUUGUCAUGGAUAAACUUUGGCCGAGAGGGAUGUGGCACUGGUUAAAGUCCUCAAUCCAGAUGUUAAAGGCUGUCUCCAUCUUCACCAUAGUUGUAUCCCUAACAUUAGCAGCUACUUUGGCAGAAGAGGGGCACUUAGGGCAAUGGCAUUACGAACCUCCCUCUAUUCUUGAUGUAGCAGACAGUUGACUCAUUAAUGCCAUACUCACAGCAAAACACUGGCCACUCCUAAGUUUGUCCAGCAGUUAUAUCUUCUCCAUGAGGGUAAUGACCUUAUUUUCUAUCUUCGCUUGUUUGGGCACCUUCCUGUGACUGGAUGAAAAUGAUUGAGGGCGUUUGGGAGCCAUCACAAGCACGAGGAGCACAGUUGUUAAGAGAGCAGAGUAGCACACGCACAAGGCAGACAAGGGUUUAUCCCCAACUGAAGUGUGUGGCCCAGCCACCUGGGACAACAGACACACCUUGCGGGACACCACAAAACUCGAGCGCUUCCCAUCCCGGCUGUGAAGAGGCUGUCAACUUUAAAAUAAUCAAAGGCUACUAAUUGUAAGGGCAUGCUGUACUAGCAAGUGGAAGUGCCAUCCUGUAAAAUGCUCACCCACUACUCUCUGGAAAGACAGUGCACCAGGAACAAGACAAACACUGGUGUCCUAAUUGUCAUCAGGAAAAUUUUAAGGAAGUUUAACAGCUGGUUGCCGUUCCUAACCGGAAAUGGCCAAUUACACAUUGGACUUCCAUCCACCAAAUUCUCCAGUUGGCAUUAGAGGGUUUAAAUUUGGCUUGGAUUGUUCAUUUUACCAAUUACUUGAAAGAGAAAAUGUAAAGGGGUUUAUGUACUUGUGGGGUAAAUAAAAAGAUAUGGAUAUGUAA